AGAUAUUGCAUAUCUUCUUGCUGAGUUAAAACCCAACAAACAUGACAUGCUCAAAAGAACCUGCGUGGCAAUCCAACAGAUUGUUUGAGGAGACAAACCUGCGAAUGUUGCAAGAUGAAAGACUUUGUGACGUCACUUUUCUUGUAGGAACCGUGAAGGAAGAAAAAAUAAUGGCGCACCGAUUCAUAUUAGCAAGCAGAAGUCCUGUCUUCUUUACAAUGUUUUGUGGAUCACUUCCAGAGACCAGUCAAACAAUUGGUGUUCCUGAUAUUGAACCUGCUAUAUUCCGCGAUUUGUUAAGGUAUAUUUAUACGGAAGACUGCAGUCUUAAUGAACAUAAAGCAAUUGCUCUUCUGUACUGUUCAAAAAAGUAUGAACUGGAGCGUCUCAGAGAAGCAUGCCAAAAGUUCCUUAACACAAAUAUUUCUUCCGACAACGUUUGUACAAUUUUGCAACAUGCUGUUCAAUUUGACGAAGUUGAUUUAGAAAACAGAUGCCUUACGUUUGUGACGGAGAACGCUGAGACAGUGUUUAAAUCUGAUGGUCUGUCUACUCUUUCUAAAGAAGUUUUAAAGAAAGUUAUUGAAUCAGAUGAACUUAUUGCAGAUGAAUUAUGUGUAUACAAUGCAUGCAAGAAAUGGGCAAUUGCACAGUGUAAUAGUAAAAGUGAUAAUCAUGAGCAUUCAGAGCUUGAUCAAAGGCGUGCGUUAGGGGACCUCAUAUAUUCAGUGAGGUUUGCUACAAUGUCGUUCCAAACAUUUGCAGAGAGUGUAGCCGUUGAAGAUAUACUGACGCCAGAAGAAAAAGUGUUUGUAUUUCAAUUUUUAGCAGGAAUAGUUAGCAAGAAAACAUCAUUUCCGUUUCAAGCAAUAUCAAAAAAUCGAAAUUAUAGAACGAAAAUUGUGGAAGUACAAAGAUUUGGACCGAAUUAUUAUCAGCACUGGAUCUAUUGCGGACAUCCCGAUGUUUUGAACUUCAAAGUGUCCAUUCCAUGUAAGAUUGUAGGUGUAAGUUUGUUUGCUCCUUGUUCGGCAGGUAUUUUAGAGGGCACAAUUGGUUUGCAAAAUGACACAUCUGUAUUGACAACGGAAAAGAAUAUAAAGAUAAUGUAUGGGGUGUCAAAGUAUUAUGAAACUGUUUUGUUCGACAAACCAGUCGAUAUUGAACCAGAAAGAAUUUACUCCAUAUUCGCCUUACUCAAAGCUGAGAAAACAUAUUAUGGAAAUGGUGGGAAAGUAAAAGUCGUUUCAGGACCACUUGAAGUUGUAUUUUCACACAACGGUAAUAGUACAAAUAAAACAUCUGACACGCGAGGACAAUUCCACUCGAUUACUUUCGAGUUCUAACCGCAACAUUAAUUUGAAUGGUAUACAAUUGCACAUAUCUUUUGUGCAGAUCUAGUGAUGUUAUCACACUCAUAUGCAAAAAUCGUUUACCUUUAUUAUUGAAGAUUGUAAGUCAACUUUGUGAAAACUUGAAACAACGUCUUUGACAAGAAUUCGUGCGUAUGAAUAAAAAAUGUAUUUGUCAACAUUUCACCGAUGAGCGUUGACACUUCUGCAUAGCAAAGGCGUGUUAUGUUAUAGAAAUUGAAGUUGAAUGAAACUUGGAAUGAGAAACAAUUUAAAAUUAAAUUUCAUUCAAAGUUGUUUCUUUUGUAUUAUUUAUUGCUUAAAAUUUGAUUUUUCAAUAUUAUGUCUGUCCAAGAUGUUGCAAAAACGCAAUUGUAAAACCUGAAGGGAUUUGUUGUAAAUACUCGUGCAUUUAUAUGCUAUCAUUGAAGUAACUGACAAUCAUGUAUAUAAUAAGAUUUCAGAUAAUUGUAUUAUCACAUGUAAGAAUUUCUUUAGG